AUGUCUUUCUUUCGUCGCUCGGUCAAUGAGAAAUCAGACGAUUCUGCAAGAUCGUCGAGCAACGAUGUCUUCUCUUCGCACGAGAUAGUGUCCACCACGGGUGACCUCAAGUUCGUUGUCGAGCAGGGAGGUAAUGGUUCACAGCCAUCCUAUCAGGAAGUUUCUGGUGCGCCCGUCGAGGCCGACUCCUCUCUUGGAUAUGCUGUCGGACCCUUGACGAUCGUCUUCAUUAACAUUGGCAAGAUGAUUGGAACUGGUGUCUACUCAACACCGGCGACUGUCCUCAAGGGAACUGGCUCUGUUGGAACCAGUCUUAUCUUUUGGGCCCUGGGCCUCCUGACAUCGGGUACCUCGCUCUCAGUAUAUCUCGAGUACGCAUCCUACUUUCCGAAUCGAUCGGGUUCAGAAGUCGUGUAUCUGGAACAAGCUUUCCCUCGACCAAAGUACUUUUUCCCCAUCGCCUUCGCUGUCCAGACUGUGAUUCUGUCGUUCAGUAGUGGCAAUGCCAUUGUCAUGGCCCAAUAUCUUUUCAAAAUAGGAGACCACACACCUUCUGCUUGGGAACAGAAAGGUGUUGCCAUCGCUUGCUAUACCUUGGUGACGUUGUUAUUGAUCUUCCACACCAAGACCUCGUAUCGCAUAUCUAAUGCCAUUGGAAUCAUCAAGGUCUUGACGUUGAUUUUCAUUGCGAUCACCGGUCUUGUCGUGCUCGGCGGUCACACGAGAGUCCAGAAUCCGACCGCAAACUUCAAGAACGCUUUCGAAGGCAAGGCAACUGGUUAUGGCCUGACGAACAGUCUGGUCAAGAUUAUCUUUUCGUAUGCCGGCUAUGAAAAUGCUUUCAACAUCGUCAACGAGAUCAAGAAUCCUGUCAAAACCAUCAAGAGGAACGCAUCAUACUCUUUGGCCAUCGUGACGGUGCUUUAUAUACUCGCAAAUAUUGCUUACUUUGCGGCUGUGCCCAUACACGACAUCAAAUCAUCGGGUGUGACGGUUGCAAGUCUAUUCUUCACCAACGUGUUUGGACAUGCCAAAGGUGUGAAAGUCUUCAACCUGCUCAUCGCUUUGAGCGCGUUUGGCAAUCUGAUUGCCGUACAAAUCGGACAGUCUCGUGUCAUUCGAGAAUGCGGAAGACAGGGAGUGUUACCCUUCCCCAAGUUCUGGGCAUCGACGAGACCAUUUGGUACGCCAAUUGGGCCCUACGCCGUUAAAUGGGCUAUCACGGUCAUCAUGAUCCUUGCACCUCCAGCUGGUGAUGCCUUCAACUUCAUCACGGAUCUGCAGACCUAUCCAGCUGCUGCGUUUGCGUUCACAAUGUCAGUGGGGUUGUAUAUUGUACGUUACCGACGCAAGAAGUUGGGUGUGCCUCGAAGCGAGUUCCGUGCUUGGGACGCUGCCGUGAUUUUCACAAUCUUGCAGAACCUGUACUUGCUCAUCAUGCCUUGGUACCCUCCGACUGGAGGAGCAACGGGUGGAGACGUCAGUUUUUGGUACGCGACGUAUUGCGUGACGGGUAUCGGGAUUCUUCUGGUGUGUGGCGUGUACUACUACUUGUGGUUGUAUGCGUUGCCCAAGUGGGGCAAGUACAAGAUCAAACAAGAGGUUAUUGUGCUCGCGGAUGGGUCGAGCACGAAUUCACUGGUCAAGGUAGGCUUGAGUGACUUGGAGAAUUGGGAUCAGAACCAUGACGAAGCCGGCAGAGUGGUCGUCAGGGGCGUUCGUGUCGAGGCGAAGAACGAGGGACGUUCUGAGCAGGUGUAG